AUGUCCCUGCCACUUUGGCGCCAAUUUUUCCGGAUGUGCACCCUUUCUCUCCUGGGGCCUGCGGAUGCCGUAGAGUUCGUGGAUCUGCGGUGCAAGUUCGACGCGGACACCUGCGGCUGGACGAGCCCUAGCAAGGCGCGAGCUUGCGUGAGCAGAGCCUGGGAUCUGCAUGGGCCCCGUCCGGAUGAUCCGCCAAGCCAUGACAUCGUUCAGUACGCGGGUGCGGAGCUGGAUGGUUUGAAUGAGGCGGCAAUUCUUGAAAGCCCACGCUUCAAAGAAAGCAAAGAUGUGAAGCGGUUGAGCUUCAUGCUUUUGUCCAACAUGGAUGGCAGUUUGCGACUGGAGUAUUGGAGCAGUGAGAGUUGGCACGAGAUCUGGUCCACCCAAAGCCUCCAACUCGGCUCUGGGCCAACUGUGUCCCUUCAAAUACCAGCUGAGGCGUUGGCUCUGCGCUUCGUUGCGAAAGGAGUUGGGCGGGUUGCAAUCGCUGACUUUCACACUACUGCCGCCACAGGGAUCGACUCGGACACGGACGCCCCUCGGCAAUUGAGCAAUGGACUCGUGCACCUAUCGUCCCUCUGUGCUGGCGAGUACCACACUUGCGCGGUGCACGCUGGAACUGGCGAGGUCAAGUGCUUUGGAUACAACGACCAAGGCCAACUGGGCCAAGGCACCGUGGCAAGUUUGGGCGACGACCCUGGCGAGAUGGGCAGCAACCUGCCCCCCGUGGACCUGAACGGAGCCCAAGCAAUUCAGGUUGCGUGCCACCGUCACAGCUGCGCGGUGCUCCAAGGGGGCUCCUUGGUGUGUUGGGGGGUGAAUGACUAUGGCCAGCUUGGCCAAGGGCACCGGGACAGCAUCGGGGAUGACCCGGGCGAGAUGGGAUCGCAGCAACCGAUUGACCUGGGCACUGGCGCCGAAGUGGUGCAGGCCGUAGCUGCAGGGUACCACACCUGCGCACUGCUCCGCUCCGGUGCGGUGAAGUGCUGGGGUUGGGGGGCGGUUUUGGGUUUGGGCGAUUCUACCGACCGCGGAGGAAGUGGCGGCCAGAUGGGGGACGCGCUGCCUGCAGUCGACCUGGGGAAUGUCACGGUGAUGCGGCUAAGCGCCGGAUCUACGCACACGUGUGCGCUUUUGGAGGGUGGUGCCGUGAAGUGCUGGGGUGAUGGAGCAUACGGUAAGCUGGGACAGGGGAGCACAGCAACCAUUGGCGACAACUUCGGCGAGAUGGGCGAGGCGCUCUCGCCCGUGGACCUCCGGCUCCCGGCCAUUCAGGUGACGGCAGCAGUCGACCACAGCUGUGCCCUCCUUGAGGACGGCACGGCCGCAUGUUGGGGGGACGGACAGUAUGCCCAGACGGGCCAAGGCAGUCCGGAAGCCCUUGGCGACGAGCCUGGCGAGCUCGGGGCACAACUCGCGGCGGUCCGGCUGGGCGCCGGCUUCGAGGCGGUCAGCCUCGCGGCAGCAGGCUGGCACACCUGCGCAGUGCUACAGGACGCGUCUCUGAAGUGUUGGGGCUAUUCAGAGAACGGUCGGCUCGGGCUUGGGCAACUUACGGCAGCAGAUCUGAAUCUUGGCGAUCGGCCGGAAGAGAUGGGGGACGCCCUCCCAGUGCUGGACCUGGGCGAGCUGGCUGUGAAGCUCCUGGCAGCCGGCCGCCGCCACAACUGCGUGCUGCUCAGCGACCACGCGGUCAGGUGCUGGGGCCGUGGCGUGGAGGGGCAGCUGGGCACCGGCAGUGGGCAGGAUGUCGGCGACAACGCAGGGGAGAUGGGAGCUGCCCUACUUCCGGCGGAUCUUUUUGCACUCGACGGCUGGAUCCCUGGCACAGACUCCUACGAGAUUGUCAGCUGCGGCUUUGAAGUGGAUGCCUGCGGCUGGAUUGCCAACAGCCAGGCGGCCUGGAGAAUCCAUUCAAAUAACUCGGGUACAUUGCCCGGGUCUUUCGAAGGCAUCGGGUACCUUGUCGCGGAGAAACCUGACCAGGAUGGAGUGUACUACGCAUACUACAAGGUCUUGGUCUUGCAGAGCCCCGCCUUCAGUGCCGGGAACACCACGGUUCGGCUGCUUCACUUCUGCUACCAAAUCCUUGGGGAGGGAAGGCUGGAGGUGAGUGCAUUGGGCUUGGCAGGGUGGGCGAAGAUUUGGAGCUCUGGGAGAGAUGGGCUCGCUGAAGCCUUGGCUUGGCGGGAGGUCGUGAUCAGCCUCCCCGUGGAUGCGAUCUCCCUGCGCUUCGAGGGCGUGGGCAGCGGCUUCGGCAGUGUCCCGAGCGCGCUGGCGCUGGAUAGCGUCCGGACCGGUAGCCAAGUCCCCAUGGUGGAUUUCUGGGACCUCUCCUGUGACUUCGAGGCUGGUGGGUGCCCUUGGUUUGAGAGCUUGGAGAGUGGGAACGGCUCCAGCUCCUACGGAUCCUGGCAGCGCCUCUCGGGUAGCUUUGGCGACGGCGACUGGUGCCUCCAGGCGGGCCCGGGCCCAGCCGGUUCGGCGAGUGAGCAAGCCUUCCUUCUGGACAGCUUUCCCUUCCAGCCAAAGCCGGUCAUGGUCUUGACCUUUGCUUACCAGUUGGUAGGUAGUGCCAGGUUGGAGGUGCAUUUCAGGACCCAGGAUGCUGGUUGGGAGGGUCUCUUCGCAAGCGAAAUGGGAAGUCCAGGGCCUGCCUGGCAACAGAAGAGCCUCAACGUCCCGGCCGGAACAACCGCUUUGAGGUUCACGGCCUUCACGAUCGGCUCCGAUUUGUUGAGGUUGGAUUCCAUAACUGCUGCCGUGCCCCGACUGGAAGACAUUGCGUGUGGGUUAGAAGUGGAGGGAGGUGCUGCUGGCUUUGAAGUCGAGGCGGGCUCCUGUGGCUGGAUCGUUGCCAGCAACACUGUCGCCGGGAACUACUAUGGGAGUAGGCUGGGACUGGAGAACAAUUCGGGCCCCUUUUCGAUCCUGCAGGCGGGGCGCGGCUCAACCUUGAUCCUGCUUGUGACAGCUUGUAUAAGCUUGUUGAGCUUGCCCGUUGCCUAUCAGGUGACCUCUCCAGCAUCCUCUCCUGUGGAAGCACCGGCAUACAUGCGCUUUACCUACAUGAUGGAAGGCGGCAGCUUGCAGCUGGAGUUCCAGAGCUCGGGCAGGUGGUGGAAGCUUUGGUCGAGAUCUGGGCAUAAUCCUGCUAUUUCCGGGGUUCAGGAGGAGAAGAUCGAGCUGCCCGGUGGCACGCAGGCCUUGCGCUUCACUGCCCUCGCUACCCGCGUAUCCCUGGGCCAGCUCGAUGCAUGGGUCGCCCCCGCCGCUCGAGUGCUGCCCGUGGUGUCCCUCUGUGCUGGCGAGUACCACACUUGCGCGGUGCACGCUGGGAGCGGCGAGGUCAAGUGCUUUGGAUAUAGCGACCAAGGCCAACUGGGCCAAGGCAUCACCACACGUUUGGGCGACGACCCUGGCGAGAUGGGCAGCAACCUGCCCCCCGUGGACCUGAACGGAGCCCAAGCAAUUCAGGUUGCGUGCCACCGCCACAGCUGCGCAGUGCUCCAAGGGGGCUCCUUGGUGUGUUGGGGGGUGAAUGACUAUGGCCAGCUUGGCCAAGGGCACCGGGACAGCAUCGGGGAUGACCCGGGCGAGAUGGGAUCGCAGCAGCCGAUUGACCUGGGCACUGGCGCCGAAGUGGUGCAGGCCGUAGCUGCAGAGUACCACACCUGCGCACUGCUCCGCUCCGGUGCGGUGAAGUGCUGGGGUUGGGGGGCGGUUUUGGGUUUGGGCGAUUCUACCGACCGCGGAGGAAGUGGCGGCCAGAUGGGGGACGCGCUGCCGGCAGUCGACCUGGGGAAUGCCGCGGUGAUGCAGCUCAGUGCCGGAUCUACGCACACGUGUGCGCUUUUGGAGGGUGGUGCCGUGAAGUGCUGGGGUGAUGGAGCGUACGGUAAGCUGGGACAGGGGAGCACAGCAACCAUUGGCGACAACUUCGGCGAGAUGGGCGAGGCGCUCUCGCCCGUGGACCUCCGGCUCCCGGCCAUUCAGGUGACGGCAGCAGUCGACCACAGCUGCGCCCUCCUUGAGGACGGCACGGCCGCGUGUUGGGGGGACGGACAGUAUGCCCAGACGGGCCAAGGCAGUCCGGAAGCCCUUGGCGACGAGCCUGGCGAGCUCGGGGCACAACUCGCGGCGGUCCGGCUGGGCGCCGGCUUCGAGGCGGUCAGCCUCGCGGCAGCAGGCUGGCACACCUGCGCAGUGCUACAGGAUGCGUCUCUGAAGUGUUGGGGCUAUUCAGAGAACGGUCGGCUCGGGCUUGGGCAACUUACGGCAGCAGAUCUGAAUCUUGGCGAUCGGCCGGAAGAGAUGGGGGACGCCCUCCCAGCGCUGGACCUCUGCGAGCUGGCUGUGAAGCUCCUGGCAGCCGGCCGCCGCCACAACUGCGUGCUGCUCAGCGACCACACGGUCAGGUGCUGGGGCCGUGGCGUGGAGGGGCAGCUGGGCACCGGCAGGGCAAAUGACAUCGGUGUCGAGUUGAGCGAGAUGGGAGAUGCCCUCAUACCAGUGAACAUCUUUCCCCAAACGCUCACGGCACUGGAGAAGUUACGCAUUGCUGGUAGUAGCCGGCUUUCCGGACCAAUUGAGAUCCUUUACGGAGGCGCUUGGGGCCUCGUGUGUGACGAUGGCUGGGACGAUGCGGCCGCAAGGUUAGCUUGCCGAGAGUUGGAGUUCGGAGGCGGCACGGCGAUCUCCCUUGAUGCGGGCGCUGGCGACGUCCUCGCGGAUGGCGUGCAGUGCCUGGGAACCGAGGUGGGCCUACGCAACUGCACCUUCCAUGGCUGGGGAAAUCAUGACUGCACCUUUCGGGAAGCUGCAGGCCUCAGCUGCACUCCCUGGGCCGACCUCACAGAGGGUGUGGGUCCUGAGAGCCGGGAGGCUCACAGCAUGGUUUGGGAUCCGGAGACGAGGUCCGCGUUGCUCUUUGGAGGCAGCGCCACUGGUCGCUUCCACUACUUUGCGGACCUCUGGCGCUACGACCGCGCCACGAAGACGUGGAGCGAGCUGUCGGCCUCUCCGGGCAGACGCUCUGGUCACUCCGCGGUGUGGGACCAAGCUUCCAGGUCCAUGCUCAUCUUCGGAGGCCACUACAUCGGCCGCUAUUACAAUGAGCUUUGGGCCUUCCGGGUGGAGUCGGGGCAGUGGGCACAGCUUCGGCCUUCAACCUCCCUCCCCGCAGCACGCAGGGGCCACUCGGCCGUGUUGGACCCGGCUAUGAGAGAAAUGCUCAUCUUUGGUGGCGAGCAUGGCUUGACCUUGGAUGAUCUCCAGCGCUACAGCCUGGAAGCCAACUCAUGGGCUGUCUCGACUGCGUCGGGACCACAACGUCGCAGCCAGCACGUGGCUGUGUGGGAUCCCGUGACCCGUUCGAUGCUGGUCCAUGGCGGUUGGAGUGGCAGCGAGUACUUGCAAGACCUUCACGCAUACGACUGGUGGGCAGAUGCCUGGACGGAGUUGCUGCCAGCCUCAAAGCCAACUGCUCGGGGGGGUCACGCUGCGGCUUGGGAUCCCCGGUCCAGGUCGAUGUUCGUCUUUGCUGGUGUUCAGAACAUUUCAAGCCCUCUCACCUCCUUGACCUCUUUGACCUCUGACUUGAACUACGACUUGAACAUACAUGUGUACUCAACACUGACCAACACCUGGGUGCAGGCCACAGUGCCUCAAGACCGCCCAUCGGCGCGAACUGCCCAUGCGAUGCUGCUCGACGCAGAAUCCAGUGAGCUUCUGAUGUUCGGUGGCUACAACUCCUCCUACUUGGGUAUCCUGGCACCACGUGAUUUGUGGAGGUUUGCCAUCGAACCAGUGGAGUCCCUGGUUGCCAGCUGCCAGCGUGGCCAGGCGUGCGUGGUGGACACGGGCAGGAAUCUCAGCGGCUGGCAGCUUACCAUCAGGGACACCUGCAUGCACCCAGCCUCAAUCGAAGGCCUACCUGUCCCUGCGGCCGAUACAGUGGAUGGCUACAAAUUCGACUUUGCAAUGAAUGAAGAAGCCUCUGCAGCUCCUCUGUUGGCGGCACCUGGGAUGUAUCGAGCUUGUCUGUGCCGGCCGGAUGCCUUUCCUCUCUGCAGCCACUCCUUGCCCCUCAAUUCGACCUUGGGCUUCUUCGUGGCUGAGGGGCCAUACAUGAACCAGAGUUGGCAGUGUCACCUAGGGUAUCACUGCAAUAUUGCAAAGUGGCAAGGAGUAGGAAUCUCAGUGAAUGACAGCUUAGUGGCUGUGCCGGCUGCGCAGUGUGGCGGGGACAAGUCAACACAAGCUUUUGGGCAACGGCCCAUCCUCAUCUCCUUCGACUCCUCUUCGAGCUCCUUCUCUCUGGACUUGGGAUAUGUGGAUUCGCAAGUGCCCGAAGCAGUGCACCUCUGCUGGUGCCCUGCUUCUCGGCCAUGUUCCUUUGCGGAGCACCGGGCCUUUGCCCUGCAUCUCGAGAUCCUUUGCCCGCCGGGCUCUUACCAAGUGGGCGCUGUCUGCCAAGAGUGUCCUGAAGGACACUACUGCGAGGGCAAGGAGAUCUUCAGCUGCCCCACAAGCAGCUUUGCCAAUCGCGGCUCCAGUGAAGUUACCGACUGCGCGUGCCUCAUCGGCUUUUACUGGGUUGUCGAGAGCCACACCUGCGUGAGCUGCCCAUACGGCUCCAGCACUGCGCAGGCCGGUGCCACCUCGAUUGCUUCAUGUUUUUGCCUCCCUGACUUUGUGAGCACCCAGCCGGAGGAUCCUUCCGUGUGCGAAUGCGGCCCAGGAUUUGGUUUUGAUGUCCGGCGAGGAGUUUGCGACGCGUGCCCCACGGGGGCCUAUAAGGAGGUGGUUGGCAACAGCCUCUGCUCGAGCUGUCCGGCCGAUACAUCCACAUUGCAGCUGGCAUCCAGGUCAGCCUCAGACUGCUUGUGCCGGCCGGGCCUCUUUAGGGACGCGGGCCGUUGCGUGGAAUGCCGGGAGGGCUUCUUUUGCAACGGCACGGGUGUGGAGUUCCCAUGUCAGGCAGGCGCCAUAUCCACCCGACAAGCCAGGUCUGUUGACGAGUGCAUCUGCAUGGAGGGCUGGUAUCGGUCACUUUCGGGAGAGGCUUCGGAAUCUUCGUGUGAGCUUUGCCCAAGGGGUAGGUACAAGGAGGCGGUUGGUGAUGAUGGCUUUUGCACUCUCCAGUGCCCUGCCAAUGCGGACAGCGAGCCAGGCUCAACAGCUCGAACAGAAUGCUUCUGCGAGCCGGAUCAUUUUGCAGAGCUUGACUCCCGCGGCGUCUUGUCCAGAUGCGCUUCCUGUGCCACCCUUCCAAAUCUCCACUGCCCUGGAGGCUUCGGCAAAAGCGUCGGCAACCAGACCCAUGCAAUGCCGGUAGCGAAGCCCGGGUUCUUUCAGACAGGUGUCGUCACGGUCUACAAGUGCAGUGUGAUGACUGAGGAUGGUACUAGUGCUUGCCUUGGCGGAGAAGGGAACCGCUGCGCAGAAGGCUCCGCCGGAAUGUUGUGUGCCGAGUGCCCGGCCAAUUGGGCCCGUGAGAGGUUUCAGAGCCCUUGCCAGCCGUGCCCGACCUCACAGGCACUCCCGGAAGUGGUUUCCGCCAUUCUGGCAGAUGUGACUAUGAAUGCUGCCAUCAGCUUCGUGAUCGCUUCCAUGGCGGCCACAGAUGCUGUGAGACGAAGCGGGAAGCUGCAUACAAGUAUGAUCAGAAUGGGUACUCAAUGGGUGGCUGCCUGCUCCGUGCUCACUGUCUUUCAACUCGACCAGGUGCGCCUCUUGGGCUUUCCAGAAAGCUCGGGUCCAAGUGGUAGCAGCAGUCUUCUUGCUUGGCCAGCAAGCGUCCGCGCGGCCAUGGUGAGUUUUUUCCAGUUUCUGUCGCUUGGCCAGACUGUGGUGUCGGUGAAAUCGGCCAUCCACUGCUAUGCUCAAGAGGUGCUUCCCGUGGACCCAGCUGCUCCAACCUGGUUCCUGGGCCUCUACUACUUGUGCCUGCCGCUGCUCGUCAUCGUUGCCAUCGUGCUUCUGAGCUCGGCCGUUGUGUACGUUCUUGUGCCCUUAGGCCAGCACUUUGGCCUUGCGUUCAACCAGGUGGCCAGAAGGCAGAAGAAACGAGAGGCCGCAAGAAGACGGCUGUGCUCUGCAGUGGAGGACGGCCUCUCAAAGGCUGGCCUGGGAUGGGAGGACCUGGUGCAGUCGGGAGCACUUGACAUCUCCCUCGCCCAGCUGCACGAAGCAGCACACCAGCCCGAUGCCUUCCUCCGAAACGCGGUCGCUUCCAGCCCAAGCCUGCUGGCCAAGGCUCUGGAUGCCAGGGCAGCCGCCAGCAACCAGGAGGCCUGCGCUCGGGAGCUGGCGGAGUUGGCGGAGCAGUCGGAGGUCCACUUCACCGACCUCGCAACGUCUGAGGGUUUUGAGGACCUGGAGACCUUCCUUGCCGACGCCUACGAGAAGUUGAAGGCGGCGCGCCGUGCGCAGAGUGACGGCAGACAGGACGGACGCGGAAGCAACAGGAGAAGUUCGGAGGAGGCCUUCUCCUCAAGGAAGCAGAUCAACAAGACCUACGACCUGGACCUGGACGCCACGAUGGACUCCCUCGACUUCGGCCUCUUCGACUCCCGACCACGCUGGUUCGACCUGGUGCAUCAAAGCGUGCCGGUGGUUUGGACUGGCCUGGUCUACUUGUGGCCGGUCUUGCUCUCGGGCUUUCUUCGCAUGCUGUGGUGCGUGCCCAUCCCGGAGGAUGGUGAGGAAAGUGUCAUCUUCACCUACCGGCUCCUUCCCAGCCCAGAGAUCCAGUGUUGGGCAGAUCCACACUUCCCAUCUGCGCUCACGGCCGUCGUGGGCCUCCUUGUGUGGUGCGCAGGCAUUCCGGGCCUGUUGGCGCUGCGAUUGCUCUUUCUGGCUGAUCGGCAGUCGCCCGGGAAUUUUCGGAAGUAUGGGUUUUUCAUUCAGGGCUACGAGGCCAAGUACUGGUGGUGGGACAUCAUCGUCAAGAGGCUCGACGUCGGCGUCAUGAUGCUCAUCACGUACACCUCUGUGGUGCCAACCCCUGAAGGCAAGCUCCUGUGUUACCCGGUGCUCUCGGGCUUGCAGCUUUGCCUUGCUGCUUGGAUAGCACCCUUUACCAACGAGCAAGCCGGUGUGCUUGACGUGCUCGAAGUGGCGUUGCAGAUCUCCCGCUUUCUCCUCUUCAGCACCGUGGUGGCGCUGAUGGUCCUGUCGCCCAGCCAUCUGGCAACCGCGGGGCUUGCAGUCGCAGUUCUGGUUCUCUUGAUGGCCGCGGGCGCCUACCUGGUGGUCCACGUGGCUUCACAGAUAUUCCGAGAUGCCCGCGCCUUGCGCGGCUCCGGGGUGCGCCGCGGGAAUGCCUUGAUGAAGUUCAUAGGUUCUGUCAAGGACUGUGUCCUGAACGCUGCUGUGCCGCUCUUCAAGCAGGCCGAGGAGGAGAACGUUCGGCUGACAUGGUCAUUCGACCAGGGCGUGAUGACGACAGUGAGACCAUCUCCACUCCCGCGUACGGGAUGCUGGCGGAUGUGGAUGUUCCUGCGACGGCUUCGGGCAGAAGUGCUUCGAACGAGCGCCCAUUAUCAGCAUGCCGUCCUCCUGAAGGCGAGUGGUGAAUUCACGGCCUUCUGCCUGGCUGAGUUGAAGCAGACUGGGCUGCCCUUUGAGUGCCUUGGGAUCCUGUGCCGCCUUGCAACUGCAAACCAGCGGCUGCCAAACCAGAUUGUCAAGACGCGCAUUGCGGAAGUGUGGUCCAUGCACAUGUCCUCACUUGCAGAUGAGCCUGGGCCAAAGACAUGCACGCCGCAAGAUUUCGAGCGUGCAAUGAUGCGCUUGAGCCAGAUGCCCCUCGAGGAUGCCGUGCGGCUUGUCCAGGAGGCUGCGAGGCUGCGGAGGAAGGACAGCAAGGACCCCGAGCUCCUGAGCCACGAGGUCAAGACAAGCGAUGAGGCAAAAGGUGGCGAUGAGGCCGAUGCCCUGCGUGACAGCCCUCUGGCAGAUGACCUUGGAGCCCCAGGCACUCCGUCUGACGAGGUCAGUGUGUACAUGUAA